CUAAACCCUCUCUUGUUUUGCAGAUCUCUCCUCCCAUUGUUUCCAUCUCUUUGUUCAUGUCUUGCUUGAGAAUAAGGCUUCCUCCAGCCAAGAAGGCAUGGAAAUGCUUCACCUCCAUACUCCAAACCAGACUACACAAGCUUCACAAAUCCAAAGCUAUCAAAAAACCCAACAACAAUACCCGCCUGCAAAUACCUGCUUCCAAUUCCACACGCCCUUCACUUUUCCUAAGGCCACAACGCCUUCAGUUUAAGAGCAAGAAGAGACGUAGUGCUCUUCCUUUUGGGUACCGACGCUACUAUCUCUCCGGGAAUAAAGCGGCGGCGCCGGUUUACAUAGAUAAGCUGUUUAAAGAUGCGGCGGUGAGUGAAGUGGUGGGGUAUAUUCAGCAGCAACCGUUAGAGGAGAAGAAUGGGAAGAAGCUCAUUGAUGAGACGGGAACAAGCAAUGAAGGUGAAAAGCAUGGUGCUGAGAAAUCUGUAGGAUUGUCGUCGCCCAUGCUGUAUGGAAUAGAUGCGAAAGCUGAGGAAUUUAUUGCAAGUUUCCGAGCUGAAAUGGAGCGUCAGGAAAUUAUAGCACGUAAUUUGUAGCGCUUGUUGGUUUUUAUCUGUAAGGAAUCAGCCAUUACAUACUUCACCCUGUCUGUCUAAACCACAAUGCCAGAGUCCAACGUCACAGUCAACCAAUCCCAUUUA